GGGGUGGGUCCGGCCUGAGAGGUGAGUGGUUGGCUAGUGACAGCUUCACUCGGCCGCCUGCACUCGCACCAACAAGAUGGCAACUUGCUGCCUCCUGCUCUUGUGCUUCCUUCUCUGCAAUGUCGCUCCUGUUAUUCUCGAUGACAGCGUCAACGCCGGUGAUGAGUCACUGGACCUCACCUUGGACAGCAGCAGCUUCCACCGGCGCCGCCCCCAGACCAGGCGUGGAGGGCAGAUGAGGAUUCAGGCCAAGCUUCCGACGAGGAUGCAGGUGAGGAGGAUACAGGUGCAGCGACAGAGGACGUCACAGGAGUGAGAGAAGUGGUCAGACAGGACGAGAAGCAGCUGCACAUCGUACAGCUCCGCACUGACGUCAACAGGAGCCGCGUGUACGAGGGCGACUUCCAUCAUCCAUUCCACAUCCCAGACAUCGCCGACGACGUUCACUACACCUACCGACGUUUCCGCAAGAUGAAGCUGGUGGAGCAAGGUCGGUACUGGAUGGGAACCAACGACCCGCGCUCACAGACCGGCGAGUUUCCGGUGCGCGAGGUGCACGUGCGCAGCUUUUACCUGGAUGUCUUCCCCGUCAUCAAUGCUUUCUACUGGGCAUUCCGCGCUAAGAAGAAGUUCGUCCGGAGUGAGGCGGAGGUGAAGGGGUGGAGCUGGGUGCAGGAAUCCUUUGUGUCUAACGCCACCCGCGCCGCCUACAGCACAGAGGGACCCACGGGCUGGCUGGCCGUCAAGAAGGCUCGCUGGGACAGGCCGGAAGGUCCUGACAGUGACCUGGAGGACAGGUGGACUCACCCUGUGGUUCACCUGAGCUGGCACGACGCCAAGCGCUACUGUGAGUUUCACGGCAAACGCCUGCCCUCCGAGCAAGAGUGGGAGUUCGCUGCCAGGUCUGGCCUCGUAGCCGAAGAGUAUCCAUGGGGAGAUAACUGGGAGCGUAUGCGGGCCAACACCUGGCAGGGUAAGUGGCCCACUGGCAACAAUGAAGCAGACGGCUACAAAGGGACAUCACCAGCAGACGCCUACCGGCCACAGAACAUGUACGGCUUUUACGACAUGGUGGGUAACGUGUGGGAGUGGUGUCAGUCUCGCUACUACGAGCGCCUGGUCAGUCGAGACCUUCAGGUGCACAUGCACGUGCUGAGGGGCGGCUCCUACGUCGACAGCGUCGACGGUGACGUCAACCUUCCUGUCCGCAACGGUCAAAGGAUGGGGCAGACUCCGGACUACACGGCGGGCAAUGUUGGCUUCCGGUGUGCGCGCAGUGCGCCGGAUAUAGAGGUGGUGCGCAGAAACAAGCCACCGGCAGCCAACGUGGAAAAGAGUAAGAUCCCCAAAAUCUACCGCAAACCCAAGGCCACCCACACACAGAGCAAACAACAGAAGGACGAGUUGUGAGGCUGGCUGACCCCGGUGACAUCAGCUGUCACUCGCUCUGUGCCAUUCAUCAGUUGUCAGUUGUCUUCUUUUAGUUUUACUUUGUGUGUGCGCGGCGUCUACUCGGAGUUUAGGGAAGAGCCAAGUAGUGUAUGAAAGCCUUUACUGUCACUGGUGUGUGAAAGCCUUUACUGUCACUGGUGUAUGAAAGCCUUUACUGUCACUGGUGUGUGAAAGCCUUUACUGUCACUGGUGUGUGAAAGCCUUUACUGUCACUAG